AUGCAGAGCACUCCCUCGCUGACGCCAUCGCGACGUGCACCACCCGUGCCGACGGCGCCGCACGACCCGGGUUAUGGUCGCGGGUACGACACGCAUGCGAACGCGCCGUCGUUAGCUGCCUCGAGCGCGAACGCUGCCCACACGAUGACCACGUCGCCGACCCACUCCAACAGCGACGGCGGACUGGCAUCCUUGUCGGCGUCUGCACUAGCCUACCCGCACGCCCAGACCAUCGUCCGGCGCGGCUGGUUGAGCCUCAAGGAGGAUGGCCUGCGCGCAUGGAUCUGGAGCAAGCGAUGGUCGGUGUUACGCGAGCACACGCUGAGCUUUUACAAAAGCGAUGUACGUCCCACAUCGACCGCGCGAUCAACGCUGCGUUGCUCUCUCUCUCUCUCUCACUCUUUCAUUCUUCUACGCUACGCAGCGUGCUACGGUCCGUUUUCGGGCUCGAGCGAGUUGGGGCGGCGUGCGCUGUGGUGGGCGUGCGCGUUGAACGUUGAACGUUGAACAUUGAGCAUUGGCGUGGUCGCAGCUGCCCGUCUCGCGUCGACACGGGGCCGCCCGCUUGUCGCUGCGAGUCACACAAUACCCUUCGCCUUCCUUGGCAUGCUCCAACGAGGCGGUGCUGUCACUGCGUUGCUCGUGCCUUGGUAGCCUGGCCCGUUCGGACGACACGACAUGACGCGCCGCAAUCAAACCCUGCCCCGCCACCCCACACAACCCGAACCCACCCAAGUAAACGAGUUGUUUAGCUGCUGACUAUCCGAUCUCCGGUCCAUUCCAGACAAGCUCAAGCAACGCCCUGGCCGUCAUACAACUCAAACAUCUGACCUCCGUGACCCGAGGAGAACUCAAGCCGUACUGCCUCACUCUCGUCACCCCAGCGCGUACACACCAUCUGGCGCUCAAGUCGGACGAAGAACUCUACUCGUGGCUGGACGACAUCUACUCGCGCUCGCCCUUGAUGGGCGUGUCCAGUCCCACGAACUUCGUGCAUCAGGUUCACGUUGGGUUCGAUCCGGUCUCGGGGGCGUUUACCGGCCUGCCGGAGCAAUGGACACGCUUGCUGACAAGCAGUGCCAUCACUAAAGAGGAUUACGCUAAAAACCCUCAGGCCGUGCUCGAUGUUCUCGAAUUCUACACCGACAUUCAGAAGCGCGAACGAGACGAAUUUGGCAUGGGCUCAAUCUCGAUGGGCAUGGUCGACAUGGCGGACCCACUGCUGUCCUCGACUGCAUCCCCCGUGGCUGCGCGCGGUACAGGGACGAUAGCAACCGCUCCGCCUGCUCGAUUCGACGCUGGCACAGACUAUGCGGGCCAACGCAACGACAGCCUCUCACCAGCUGUGGCCAGGUCAUCUAGUGCCGACCCCAUGAUUACCCCGUCCUCGGCCCAAUCGUACUCUAGCCCUGGCAUACCUGGGGCUAGUGGGUCGUUGUCGCCCAUGAGCACAGAUCCAGCCACUCCGUCCUUCAAUUCCAGUCGACUCGGUGGCUCUGCUGGUUCUGCGGCGCCCGUACCUUAUCGACCUGCUCCCGGUCCUCCACCUCGCAGUGGGCCUUCGGCGGAUCAGGUAUAUCAUGCCUCUGACCAGCGCCCUUCUGGCGCAUCCUUGGUUGGACAUCCACGAGCUCCGCCACCACGGCCGACCCUCGUACCCGGCCGGCCCGCUCCGUCCAUCCCACAAAUCUCCUCCACGAACCUGCAUGGUCUGAAAACAUCGUUGACCAGCACGUCGUCAAGUGCAGGUCUCAGAACGAACCAGGUUUCAAAGCCAGACGACGCUGUGCUCGCGAGCCAUUCCGCAGUACCUCAGAUUUCGCACGGCACGCCCACCCUCGGCCCACCGUCCGGUCCCAAACCCCUGAAAUUGGUUGCAGGGAAUUUUCGAUCGAAUGAAGCCUCGGCAUCAUCGACUUUCACGGCUGGUACGUGCCAGCGAUGUUCCCCUAGGCUUUUCUUGUGCUGACUAUGGCGGUCCUGGUAUCGCACAGCCCCAAAAAGGCCUGAGGCUCCAAGGAAGAAUGAGAACGGCGAAAGUGAACGAAGGAUUUCUACCAUGUCGGAAGCCCAGAUCAUGGCCAAGCUCCGCUCAGUUUGCUCAGUUCAAGACCCAAACGCGCUUUACUCAAAGAUCAAGAAGGUUGGUCAAGGCGCAUCGGGGUCCGUCUUCGUGGCCAAAGUCCUGGACAGCGGGUCUAAAGUCGCCAUCAAGCAAAUGGACCUCAGUCAUCAGCCUCGCAAGGAGCUCAUUGUAAACGAAAUUCUCGUAAUGAAGGAAUCUCAACAUCCCAACAUUGUCAACUACCUCGAUUCGUUUUUAGUCAAGGGGGCAGAAUUAUGGGUGGUGAUGGAGUUUAUGGAGGGCGGCGCAUUGACCGACGUCAUCGAUAGCAACUCGCUGGAGGAGGAACAAAUUGCCAGUAUAUCGAAUGAAGUAAGCCAAGGCACCCGUGCUUACAAAGCAAUGCUCUCGUGCCGCUGACGAACCGGGAACGAUAAACGCCCGUUUUUACCUAAGACAUGCAAGGGUUUACAGCACUUACAUGGGAAAAGCAUCAUUCACCGCGAUAUCAAAAGUGACAAUGUGUUGCUUGAUGCGCAGGGUCAUGUCAAGAUCAGUCAGUCACGUUUACUCGGCCCCGGCGUUCGCCAAUUAACGCCUGAUGCAGUGUGCUGACCACGGGGCUCCGCAUGAUCGCCCCUGUAGCCGACUUUGGGUUCUGCGCGAAGCUCACGGACCAGAAAUCGAAACGCGCUACGAUGGUCGGCACACCAUACUGGAUGGCGCCCGAGGUUGUCAAGCAGAAAGAGUACGGGGCCAAGGUUGACAUCUGGUCGCUCGGCAUCAUGGCAAUCGGCAAGUACAGCGUUUGCGUUUCCCAGCCACCAGAAGUGAACGCCGCCUGACCACGCUUCCAAGCAUGUUCUGGACUUUCGACUCAUUGUUCAGAAAUGAUCGAGAACGAGCCACCGUAUCUGGAUGAGGAGCCCCUCAAAGCAUUGUACCUAAUUGCCACAAACGGCACUCCCACUCUCAAGAAGCCCGAGAAGCUCAGUAAAGAGCUGAAGAACUUUCUGGCCGUGUGCCUCUGCGUCGAUGUCAAGUCUCGGGCCACGGCCGAUGAGCUCCUACAGGUACGCUCCCAACACAAAGAACCCUUCAUGUCUUCGUCACUGAUGUUCCUUCCGUGCCUUCCACGCCUUCCUCUGCAAACCUGGCAUGUUUUUUCGACUCGACAGCACGAGUUCCUACGCAAGUCGUGCCCUUUGUCUGAACUUGCUCCCCUGCUUCGCUUCCGCAGCUCUCACAAGUGA